AUGAGCGCUACCACGACUGUGAGACAGAGGAGAAACUCCAAAUUGCAAAAAAAGGGUCAAAAUGGGAAAGAAAGCGCAAAAAAACAGAACCCACGCUUGUGUAGAUACGAAGAGUUGCCUGACUGGCAGCAGGACAACGACAAAAUCCUGAGCGGGUACGUGCGGGAGACAGGUUCGUUUCGCAAAUGUCUGGAAUCCCUGACCUACAUGCACAAUGAAACGGUGAAUAUUUACACGCAUUUGAUUCCUAGUGCAACUUACUUGGUGUUAUUGAUGUUCUUCACAGAUUUGUUUUUGAUUCCACAAUUUCCAUCGACAACUAUGUCGGACUACAUCAUCAUCAACUUUUACUUGUUGGGUGCAUUCUUGUGUUUGAUGUGCAGUAGCUGUUUUCACUGUCUUAAACAGCAGUCCGAGACCCAUAGCGAUCUGUGGAGCAAAGUCGACUACAUGGGCAUUAUCAUAUUGAUUUCGUGUUCCACGGUGUCGAUUCUGUACUAUGGCUUCCACGAUCAUCUGCUCCAUUUCAAAAUAUUCACAGUGAUCACCGUGGUGCUUGGGUCGUGCUGUGCAGCUUUUGUGCUCAACGACCGCUUUAACGCCAAGAACUGGAGAGUGUGCAGGGCAUCGUUCUUCAUCGGAUUUGCGUUUAGCGGCAUUGUGCCCAUCGUGACAGGUGUUCUUGAGUUUGGUAUCACAGAGGCCUUCAGAAGGGUUCAGGUUAAAUUUGUUGCCUGGGAGGCUGUUUUCUACAUCGGUGGUGCAGUUCUUUACGGGUUCCGUAUCCCUGAGUCACUUGCUCCGGGCAAAUUCGAUCUCUUCGGCCACAGCCACCAGUUAUUCCACGUUCUGGUUGUUCUGGGCUCCUUAUGCCAUUUCAGAGCAGUUUUGGGAUCUUAUUUGUGGGUCCACACUGGUAACUAUUACCCAAACUUCCUGGCAUUAAAGUAG